GGUUUAUUUUGAAAUACAUUGAUUCUCCUACGCACUUCCGGCCUGUAUCACGCUGAUAUCCCCGUGGCCUGGACUGUCAAUCAUCUAUACGAGUGACGUCACGAGGGAUUUGCGACAAUGUCAAACAUCGUCGCGUGCGUACGUUAAGAGUUCAAGCACCAGACUCCAUUUAGGGUUUAGGUCGUAUUCCGUGUUCCACAUGUCUUCGAGGACCAGGUGAACUCAGCUCAAGUCACCAUGACCCGUUAUUCCGAGGGAUACGGAACCGAGGAGGAGUGCGUGCUGUCCGACCCUCAGGGAGAAAGCGACGCAGACGCUGACAUCGAGGACGCCGACUGCAGGCUCCAAGAGCCCGGCUCGCUCCAGCGAAUCAGCUCACGGCGCCGCAAACGGCAGCGUCUGGCUCGGCAGGAUACCACGGAGAGCGAAGACGAUGGCGGCCUCUCUCACGCUUCACAUCGGUGGAACCUGCGGCUCAGUCCGGACAGGACGCGCAGCCGGACCAUCCUUGAAGAGAGCAUCUCUCAGGUGAGGCCGCUCGUCAUCUCCAGAAACGGUGCGGACACGCAGACGGAAACGGGCCCGGAAGCUCACACGUGCGGGUGGGCACCGCCCCUUGCACCCCCACUGGUUGUCCUCUUGCUCGCCCUCGUUGCCGCCAUCGCGUCCUUCCUGCUCCCGUGGAACCUUCAUGUGUCUCGGUUGACGAUUUUGAUCAGAGCCGCCUCACCUUGACUUCAAAGUAGAUGCGCCCUCCCAACAACGACGACUAUGCAACUCCUCGGUUUCGACUGUGCGACUCGGCGCGGCGCUGAGAAACGCCCCCUUGAUGUCCUUGUCACCAUCUCAGCUCCACCCAUCGCCCUCUUCAGGAAGCGCAACCAGACCCGAUUUAAGAAGCAAUAGCAGGAAAUGCGCGCCAUCUUAGAACUUUUUUUCCCCUCCCAUCGUGUACACUCGUAGCUUAAAACGAUUUAAUAACGCCUGCUGGAAAAAAAAAUUGGUUGUUGGGAAAACUGUGAUUUUAAUCCUCAUUUUAAGUGUUUCGACGGGUCAACAGAGUUUCAAUAAAAUGACUUUUUUAAAAUUUGACAUCACGUGGUAAUGGCUGCACAAAAAUGAACAUGAUUAUCCGAGCAUUAGAUCAAAUUAGACUGUGUCUAUAAAUGUCCUAAUGAAGUGGCCAGUGAAUCUAUUUCCAGAGCGUCACAGUGACGGAUCGGAACCCCCGCCAGUCUUCUUGUUGACAAACAUGUGGCCUUCGGAGCUGCGAGGGCGUUAACAACCUUCCCCGGUGAUGAACUCCUUCAAACCCUGACCCCGGUUACAUUUCAGACUCCUCUGCGUGUGUCUUUGCAGCAAUUAUACAUAAAAUACCUACAAAUUUUGAGUGACAAGCCAAAGUGCACGGCAGCAACCGUUGCCGUAUUGCGAUCUUGUUAUUGUGGAGCCCAAACGAGAACUUAAAGCCCCGCGAAGGUGCUGUGAGCAGAUUGUCAUAUGGGCUUUCAAAUCAUUGACAAGAAAUGGACCGGACCACAUUCACGUGAGCACAAAAUGAAUUUACGAGCUUCUGGUGAGCUAAUAGCAUCCGUUCGUAUAAUGCCCGAGCUAGCCAGCUGUUAGCUUCCUAUACCACAACAACAGGUGUAAAUGUGUUGCUUGGUCUCCGGGGCGCCCACACGCCUCUCAAUCCUUGACCUAGAUUCCGCAGUGUUUGGAUGCACAGGAGCAAUGUGAACCCCCCCCCCCCCCCCCCUCAACCUCCUCUGUACGAUGACUAAAGAUCCUGCAGUCUUAUGGUUAGGGAUAAAUAUGCCAGACAAGAAGGGAGAGAUUUUUGGCUGGGGACCAAAUGUCCCUAAGUCUGAAUGGUUCGCUUUAAGUGGGUCAAAUGAAUUUGGAUAUAAAAGCUGCAGUGCAAUAAGCUCCGACGUGAAGUGCCACGAGUAACAUUAGCACCUCAGACAAGCCGGGGUUCUAAUUAGCUUGCCCUCAAUAUAGCAACAUGUUUGUUCACUGGGACGAUGACAUGCACUUGAGAGGAGAGCAAGGAGAGAGAGGCGGUGGACUAUCGAAUGAAACCAGAACGGGACAGGGCAGAAAUUUUGGGAAGACUUUGCGACAGGUUGAUGUUUGGAGUCUGACUGAGCUCCAUGGAGGUGGCGAUUCCACAGCUGCAGCCGGACCGGGAGCAAUGGAGGAAGAAGGUGGAGCAGAGGGUGAGGCGCUGGGCGAGGGUGGACGUGAUCGAGGAGACUGAGGAGGACACUGGAGUGCGAGUGAAGCAUGACGGGGUGGACGAUAAUUGGGUGGAUGAAGAGAUGGGAGCUGAAAACAAGGAGGUGGAGGAGAAGGAGGAGGUGAAAGUCAAUGAAGUGAUGGGAGCUAGCAGGGAGAUUGUUGAUGAAAAUGAGGAGGAAAAGGAGGCAGGAGGGAAAAAUAAGGAUGACAAAGAAAUGAGGGAGGAGGUUGAAGCGACGGAGGAUGAACGGCUUCCUGUCCAUGAGAACCUGGGAAAAGGCGACUGUCCACUUUGGAAUGGGAAAAGUCAAAAGGAGCUGGAGCGGAGAAGCUCGGGAAGGACGGGAGAAGAUGAGAAGAAACGUGUAUGCCACGAGGAGCAUGUUUUUAGACGACCGCAAGAUGGCAGAAGGUGGCAAAAUGAAACAUUGGGCGCUCUAAGAAAGGGAGGAGAAGCUGGGGCAGAUGAGACGAUGGCCACCGUGUUACGGAAAAGCCAUGAAGAAGUGGAUCAGGAGGAGCAGGAGGAGUCGAGUGAUGAUGACGAAGCAGGUUGCUCAGAGGAGGACCAAGAUGCACACAACAUAAAGAUGUACCGCAGAGAGGAGCACCACCUGGAGAUGUUUCGCACCUUGACGGCUUUCCGAGACUCAGCUCUGCUCACCGACCUCACUCUCAGAACAAAUGAUGGCGGGAGACUCCGCCUACAUUCCACCGUCAUGGGAGCUGUCAGCUCCCUGGUCAAAAAUAAAUUGAAACACAGUGUGGGUGAGGGGGAACGCAGGUACUCCAUUUCCUUGGGUGCAGACGUGGACCUCCGUGGGCUGGACGCCAUCGUGGACUUCGCCUACACCGGACGCAUAUGCCAUCUGGAGGAGGACUUGGUGCCGCAUGUGGAAACUGCAGCUCAGGCCCUGGGUUCCCACAGAGUCUUGGAAUUUCUCCGCAAGCAGCAGGAGAAGACCUCCGCCACCACUCAAGAGGAAGGCAACAUCUCCGCUGAAGAACAAAUGGCCAUCAGUCUUCAUUGGAUUAGAAAGAUGUGGAAGGACCGAGUGGGCUGCAAUGUUGUUCUCGAAGCCAUCGGAGCAUCGCUUCCUGUUCACAGAGUCAUCCUGGCAGCCUGCAGUGACUUCUUCCGUGGAAUGUUCAGCUCAGGGAUGAAAGAGUCCUCUCAGUCCCGCAUCAGUCUUCCGUUCCUGUCGGCUUCAGACUUGGAGGUUCUCAUUGAAGCCUCCUACAGUGGCACCCUCCCCCUCAGCUGGAGUUGCGUGUUUGAGAUCAGCAGCACAUCCCUGCAGUUUCAGUACCAGCCGGCGCUCUCCUUGACCCUCGACUUUUUGCAACGAGAACUCAAUGCGGACUUUUGCUUGGAUGUGGUAUCGUUCGCCGAAGCUUACCAGGUAGCGCCGCUUCUCGAAGCCUCCGAAGAUUUUGUGUUGCGACAAUUCCAAAAGGUGGCAUGCACCCCCAAGUUCAAAGACCUUCCAGCCAAACAGCUCUUGAGAUACCUGAACAGCCACUCGCUUUGUGUUCCAUCGGAGCUGGUUGUGUUCAAGGCGGUGGCGGGCUGGAUCCAAGCCAAGCCCAAGACCAGACUAAAACUUGCCAGGGAGCUCAUGAAAACCAUCCACUUCCCACUCAUGACGUUUGAGGAAUUCAAAGAGGUUCAGUCGAUGCGCCUGUGGUCUGAACACAAGCUGGCGGACCUCUAUGAAGCAGUAUGGGAACAUUUCUGCUCCAACGAGGUGGGACCACAGAGUCAGUGGCGCAUCUACCUGCCUAAAGAGAUUCUAGUAUUGACCGGAGGUGACCAGAUUUCCGAGGACCUGGGUAGACGAUGUAUGAGCAGAGAAGUCUGGUUCGGGAAUUCCCUGAUGAACCACACGGGAAUAAGAAAGGCGAUGGAGUGGAGGCGGUUGAGUGAGCUGCCAGAUUCGGCAAGGUUCUGUCAUGAGGCCGCGGUGGUCAAAGGCCAACUGUACGUGUUUGGUGGGAAAAAGUACUACGGCACAGAAGACACCCUGAACUCCGUUUACAGGUAUGACCCACUCCAAAACAGCUGGGACAGAAUGGCCGACAUGGCAAAGAAGAGGUGCUCUUUCUCUGCAGUGGUGAUCGAUGAAAACAUAUAUGCCAUCGGGGGUCGCUGUCACCUUGAUUACGACGACAGCGUGGAAUGCUACUCACCUGCUGCUAACUCUUGGAGCUUUGCUCGGCCUCUGGAUCUGACCCUCGGUGGACACGUGGCCAACGUUUUAAAAAGGCAGAUCUUCAUCUCAGGAGGACUGAACAGUAACAAUCAGUGCCUGGCAUCUCUGUUUGUGUACCACCCAGAAAAAGGCAGCACUUACAUGGCAAACAUGUCUCAAGCACGUGCUCACCACUGCAUGGAAACCUUAGACAACCGCCUUUACGUGGCAGGCGGGAUCACAGCAGAUGCUAACCAGAUCGCGAUAGAUCAGCUGUCCUGCGAGGUGUACGAUCCAGCCACAGACUCGUGGAACGCUUUCUCGGCCCUGUCGGUGCCUCAUGUGGGGGCGGCAAGUGCUGUUCUGGAGGAGAAGUUGUACGUUAUGGGCGGCUACAGUCAAGAGGACUACAGCGACACGAACAUGCUCCACCGCUACGACCCCGCCCUGCACAGGUGGGAAAACAUGGGGAAGAUGCCGGGGCCGAACAAUGACCUGCGAGCAUCUGUACUUCUAUUACCACCGCAUGUUCGCAUGUAGACGUAUAUUGCUCCAAAAGUGCUUUGAAUGCCAGAUGGAUUUUGAAUGUGCUGCUAUGUUUUAGAGUCAUGAUGAGUGCAAACUGAAAAUUAAAAACUAAAACUAAGCUCUUGAGCUUUGCACCUGGUGGAAGGAAGAAUAGCAAAAGCCAGGUAGAAAAACACGGUGAUACUACGGUCUCACCAGCAUCAGCAGGAUUUGACUUCCUUUUUGUCUCUUUGUGUCUUUCUAAAAUAAAAUGAUGAACACAAUGUACAGGAAGAAACAUAUAAAACUCGUGCGCCUUUGUCCUGUUACCCGAGAUGGUUCACUUUGUUCAGCAGGUUCUCCAACAUCAAUCUAC